AGCAGAUGGAUCUGGCUACGCGUACCUCUCGUCUCUUCCCUCACUUGGCACUCUACCAGCCGGCGUCAGAUUCAGCGUCGCCGCUGAAGACGCCGGCGAGGUGUAUUGCGCCUGUCGCUCGUGAGAUGCGCCGACCGCCGCCGUUAUAGACGCGCACGCAAUAAUCAAGGACUUCGCUCAUCCGAUAGAGGGUCCCGGUGACGGAACAACAGUGGCCACGCGGCAGGCGAGAGGCAAGCACGCAUGGAACGCCGUUUUCCGGUGAGGAGGCCGUUUCACACCAUGCCUUCCCCGUCAAGUGCGGAAGGAGCCACCGCGGUGGGACCACGGCGAAGGCUGCACUGCUUCAGCUCGAGUUCCGGACGAGCAGCGUAGCGUCACUACUGUAGCGUCACUGCAGUCGACGGCCACGAAGCUGCACUGCUUGCUGCAAGGAACUGGACACCGCUUCUCCUGCUGCUAUAGCUGUUUCACUCGCAGUGGACGGCUCAAGACAAGCGCGAGCAGCUAAGACGUCCACCCCUUCACUACAGCGAGUCAUCGUUAAACGGAAGUGAAGGGCCUGCACAUCGACUGCGGUGAGCUCGCCAUCUAUCUGCUGCGGUGUUAAUGUGUGGUCCUCAGUGCGCCUAUUGGUGUCAACGGUACAUAUAACCGCGAGUAGUACCACUAUCGACCAGCAAGCUCUGUCUACUGCUGACCCAACUCUCGGUUGUCCAACGAAGGACAUAGCCCAGAGAUAGCCAUUUGCAACCAUGCGUUUUCCUCGGUCCUGAUUCUUUUGGCCACGAUUCGAGAAAUGCAAGCCUUCGUGCGCUCUUGUUCUGUGGUGACGUGAAAGCUGCGCUUUUGUGUGCCCUGAGAAAAAGAGAAGUCAAUACAAAACUGCAGUGCGCGAGCGCGUGUGAUUUGGCGCCUUUGGUGCAGGAGAUAAUUACUCUGACUCACCAAGCGUCUAAGCUUACAUUAACACACGCCCGAAGACAUCUCUGUAGGAACGACAACGAAUCUCACCACCAUGCACUAAGGUGCAGCGUGCUGUUAAUGUAUCUAUCCCGUGACUGCCACUGUGGUUUCCGGUUGUCGUCGCUACUGCGGGUUCGUGUGUAACGAAUAUGUAUUGCUGAGCGACUACAGCUUUAAAUCCGAGAUACAGUGCAUAAAUUCAUCAGGAAACCCAGCUUGUGUUCCGUGGUCCACCGAUAUUUGUGUCGGAUGACCUGUAGCAAACUAAGGGAUCCUUAAACUCGACGUCACGUCGCCAUCAACGACACAGUACAUUGCAUCAUCAAAGACAGCAAAUACAGCGUGUAUGCUCAUAAGAAAACCCUGCUCGCGUUCCGUGGUUCACCGACCAUCGUGUUGGAUGAGCGGUGGCAGAUUAAGGGACCUUUAAACUCGACGCCACGUCGCCAUCAACGACAGUCUUGGAACGACCCCGUUGUCGGCAGUACACGUCGUCUCGGCACCACGGGCACCGAUGCAGUACUUCGCGCUCGUCCUGAGCAUCGUCGGAGGCACCGUUUUCCUGGGCCUCCUGCUGGCCGCCAUCUGCAGCUACUACUGGAUCUCGCAGAGGCACUACCCGUGCGCCUGGUCCGCCACGGCGGACGCCAAAUCGGACGUGUACUACAAGAAGACCGGCGACUGGAAGUACGUCCAGAACGGCGCCGUCCCGGACGCCGAAGAAGGAGUGGUCACCGACAACGACGAACCGCUGCUAGGAUCCAUCGUGCUCGAAGACGGCGCCAACCAAGCGGCGCACGACGGGCAAUGCGACACCGCGGACUCGACUGACACGGCCUCGAAGAAGGAGUCGAUGCACACAGUGACAUCGUUUAGUAGCUUGGAAAUGGCGUGCGAGAACAAGACUGCGAUGUAGCUUAACGCCUGUGCACUGCUGAUCACGAUUACGCCCGAUCGGGAACAAAUUUCUGGGCAGUGAUUGGCUCCCUUCUGCAGCUUGCGUAAUGGAGCCAAUCACGAUCUAUAAGUUCGACCUGGAUCAGGAUCAAUCUGGAUCAAAAGUGACCGUGUGACACCGGUGUUCGUGUUACAGGCGCGCACAUUUGUGACGCUUCGAGCGCUUUCAAUGCACAAAUUGUUAUCGAAGCUUGCGGAUCUUCGACCAUCACGCAUUCCGCGAAGCCUCGAAGAAAAUCACCGUGCGUCGAACCAUGUGUGUACGUUAAGACAUUGCUAGAGUGCUUUUUUUCGAGUGUGUUUCACAAUGCUUGUGGCCUGAAACAAUGUACGUAAGGUCACAGUUAUUGACAAAAUGAACUCAUUACAAACCACUCAGAAUGUUUAAUCAAUCCAGUUUACUUUAUUUUUGUAUAAAUUAACAAGGCUCGUUGUCGCUCCGGCUGGCUUUGCACGGCACUCUUGACUGAGGUAACCAUGGUUGUUUCUAGUCAACGCACCGAGGCAAGGUGGGAAAUGAUUGGCGGGAAUAACUAUCAUUUCGUUUAUCCAGGUGUCUUACUCACUAUGAAGAUUAUGCCCAGAAACGCAGCAUAAAGACCCUCAUUGGCCAUCUAUUCCCAUAUCU